CUUGAAUGAUUCACUGUGUACCACGAAGCAGAAAAUUCCGUGGAUAUGUUUCCCUUUUUGUAACAACACUUGCACAUAAUUUACCUCAGAAUCAAACCACACCAGACAAACCAAAAAUUCCAUCCUAGGAGGUAUCACUCUUUAGUAUUAUGUCAUUUCUCUGUCGUGUCAAAUAUUUUCAGAACUUUUUUUUUACCCUUUCUACGUUUCAGUUGACUUUCAAUUUGUUCUAGUGAUUCCCAUCUACUACUGUGAUUAUUGUUGUUGUAGACACUGAAAAGGGGAAUUGGGAUUGAUAAGCAAAGGGGAUUUGUGAGGAUUUUUUUAGCAGAUAAGAUGAUUUGGCAUUUCCAAAUUUUUGCCUGCUGGUUUGAAUAGUUAUGUAUGCUAUAUCUGGUGCGCUUUACAUUGACGAAAUGGGUUAUGCUAUGAGUAGAUUAGAGGUGGAUUCCAGUCUCGGUGAAGACGGAAAUACUGUCCGUGAAGAAUCUAGUACAGGACAAACUAAAAAGGCGUUUAAAAAUUUAGACAAUGAAAUUGCUCAGAUAACAAAACUGAAAUCAACACCGCAUCAACUACUAGUACAUGAUGGAUCUGGAAGGAAGGAGUUGCCUGUUUCCCCAGUAAAGAUGCUGGCAGGUCGAGAAUCUAAUUAUUCAGGACGGGGGAGGUUUUCUUCCGCCGAUCGCUGUCAUCUUUUGAGCAGAUAUUUGCCUGUUAACGGUCCCUGGCUUAUCGACCAAAUGCCAAGUCGAGCGUAUGUGUCUCAGUUUUCAGCUGAUGGUUCUCUUUUUGUUGCCGGGUUCCAGGGAAACCACAUAAAAAUAUACAAUGUAGACAAAGGUUGGAAAGUUCAAAAAAACAUUCUAACCAAAAGUUUGAGAUGGACAAUCACCGAUACGUCUCUUUCGCCUGAUCAACACUAUCUAGUUUAUGCCAGCAUGUCACCCAUUGUACACAUAGUAAAUGUUGGAUCUUCUGAAACCGAAUCGCUAGCAAAUGUGACGGAGAUCCAUGAUGGUUUGGAUUUUACAUCGAAUGAUGAUGGAGGAUACUCUUUUGGAAUUUUCUCCGUGAAAUUCUCAACAGAUGGGAGGGAAUUAGUUGCAGGAACUAGUAGUGAUUCUAUAUAUGUAUAUGAUCUUGAAGCAAAUAAGGUUUCACUUCGAAUUUUAGCGCACGCGUCUGAUGUAAAUACUGUAUGUUUUGCUGAUGAAACUGGUCAUCUUAUUUACUCUGGUAGUGAUGAUAGUUUCUGCAAGGUCUGGGAUCGACGUUGCUUAAAUGCCAAUGGCAAACCAUCAGGGGUUUUGAUGGGGCACCUGGAGGGCAUUACAUUUAUUGAUACCCGUGGAGAUGGACGUUAUUUCAUUUCAAACGGUAAAGAUCAGACCAUUAAACUUUGGGAUAUACGCAAAAUGUCGUCUAAUGUUACCCGCAAUCCUGGAUAUAGGAGUUUUGAAUGGGAUUACAGGUGGAUGGAUUAUCCGCCUCAAGCAAAAGACUUGAAUCAUCCUUGUGAUCAAUCGGUUGCUACAUAUAGAGGCCAUUCUGUCUUACGCACUCUUGUCCGCUGCUUUUUCUCCCCAGCUUUUAGCACUGGACAGAAGUACAUCUAUACUGGAUCACACAAUGCAUGUGUUUAUGUAUAUGAUUUGGUGAGUGGAGCACAAGUUGCAACACUGAAGCACCAUAAAUCACCUGUUAGAGAUUGUAGUUGGCACCCCUUCCACACUACGCUUGUUAGCUCUUCUUGGGAUGGGGAUGUUGUAAAAUGGGAAUCUGGCGGGAGCUCAUAUAGCAGCCUCUUCGGUUAAGAAUAGGGUAUACAAAAGACAUUUUUUUUGAAGAUUACCUAUGAUCUCAGUUACAUUAGUUACAAAAUGGUCUUGAAGACGAAGAACAAUAGACCAUAACAUGUUGAUACUGGAAGUUGUAUAUGGUGUUUGACAUAAUAAGGUGUAAUAUGAACUACCACAAAAUCUUGUACAUAAACUAAUAAAUAACCACUUAAAUGGCCAGUGGAAUUGUUUCAUUUGUACGCAGGCUGUGUAAUAAAUUUGUUAUAUAGUGUACCAUUGCAUCUGUAGUGUAAAAAA